UUUGUGAUAAUUAUAAUGGACAAUGAAUUAAAUGUAACUUUUAUAACCCUUGAUGGUUAUGUAGAAUUGCACAAAUUCAGAUAUCUUUAUUUUGUGAUCAUGUUUACUGUAUAUAUCCUAAUAAUCUGCAGUAAUUCAACCAUCAUAUGCCUUAUCUGGAUUCAACAAAACCUCCAUGAGCCUAUGUACACUUUCAUCGCAGCUUUGUUACUGAACUCUGUUCUUUACAGCACUACUAUCUACCCAAAGCUUUUAAUUGACUUUUUAUCUGAUAAGCAGAUCAUAUCUUAUUCAGCCUGUCUCUUUCAGUGUUUUCUAUAUUACUCUUUAAAUGGUUCAGAGUUUUUACUGUUGCUGGCCAUGGCCUAUGACAGGUAUGUAUCUAUAUGUAAACCUCUGCAAUAUCCAACCAUCAUGAACAAAACAACUGUCAGUAUUUUCCUGGGUCUGGCCUGGAUUCUGCCUGCUUGUCAGAUUGCAUUCCCAGUUGCACAGAGUGCUGAUACCAAACUCUGUAACUACAUUUUGACAGGAAUCUUUUGUAACAAUUCAGUCUACAAACUUCACUGUGUGACUUCACAAGCGCUAUCUGUGUAUGGUGUAAUAGUUCUGUUAAAUGUUUCACUAUUCCCUGUGCUUUUCAUAUUUUUUACAUACACAAAGAUAUUUAUAAUAACGUACAGAAGUCAUGCCGACGUCAGGAAAAAAGCUGCACAGACCUGUUUACCUCACCUGUUGGUUUUGAUAAACUUCUCCUGUUUGGUUACAUACGAUGUCAUUGUAGUGAAACUGGAAUCGGACUUUCCAAAAACUGUCCGAUUAAUAAUGACUUUACAAGUGAUACUGUAUCACCCUCUCUUUAAUCCAAUCAUAUAUGGACUCAAAAUGAAAGAAAUCUCUAAACACAUCAAAAGACUGUUCUGCCUAGAUAAUCUGACUUUACAUACCAACAAAGAGAACAACUGUAUAGUUGUUUCGUCUGUUAUAAUACCACAGAAAUGA